UGAGCUUUGAGGACCAACGUUGGGAAUGCCUGAUUUAGAUUACUGAAUCGUGGUGUGGGCAGAGAUGUGCUUCGUUGCCAGUAGCUUUCCCUCACUCCCCAUAGAAGUGCUAUCAUGGCAAGAAUUCAAAUCAAUGCAAUGUGCCGCCUGGAAUGUGUAGCACCAUGUAUGUCUCUUUCAGAUAAGACUGAAUCUUCAGUUUGCUGAAAUGGCAUGCAAGUGGAUAACACAAGAGACAUUUGAUGCUGUUGUACAAGAAAAUAUUUCAGAGUUUGAUCUGAAUCCAGAAGAAGCUUUAAAUGAAGCCAUUCAACAGUUUGAAUCUCAAGGUGUUGACUUAUCAAACAUAGUUAAAGCUGUUCAGAUCCGAAGUGAGGAGAAUGAGGAUGCCACAAGCCACAGUGUCUUACAGAUAUUGGAGUCUUUGAGAAAGAGCGUGGAGUCUUUAUCUUUAAGUAGUAUGUCUGAGCUUCUCAUACAGUUUGGGGAUCAGUGCAAACAGGGGCUGGCACAUCGCUACCUUGCAGGACAGAAGUCUGCCUACUCUGUGGUUUUGGAAGCCUGGAAACUUUUGGAGGAAGACCGAGAGGGCCUGCUUAAUGCUCUUUAUGCUAUGUCCGCCCUAACUGAUGGGCAGCCUGAUUUGCUGGAAGGUGUUGGACUGAAGUUAUUAAUUAGCGUUCUGCAGAAAUAUUCAAGUGAUGCAGAGGUGACUCUGUUGGCGAUUCGUUUCAUUCGCCAUGUGUGCCUGAAACAUGAGCAGAAUCGCCAAGACCUUGUGAAGGCGGGUAUUUUGUGUCACCUUACAAAAGCCAUAUCAAACCAUGGUGGAGAUCCAGAUGUAGUACGUGAAGCUUGCUCUGCCUUGAAAAUUAUGACCUUUGAUGAUGACAUCAGAGUUCCAUUUGGACAUGCUCAUGACCAUGCUAAGAUGAUUGUUUUGGAGAAUGCUGGACUGAAACUGUUGAUAGAAGCUGCAAAAGGUUUCACAGACAACACCGUAGUCCUAAGUGAACUGUGUGCCACCAUUUCUCGACUUUGUGUGCGUAAUGAGUUUUGUCAAGAUGUGGUUGACUUGGGUGGCCUGAAUUUUAUGGUGGCGCUACUAGCCGACUGCAUCGAUCAUCAGGAGCUUGUAAAGCAAGUACUGAGUGCGCUGAGAGCCAUUGCUGGAAACGAUGAUGUAAAAGAUGCCAUUGUGAACUCUGGCGGGACAGAUCUGAUCAUUCUUGCAAUGAACCGACACAUCUGCAAUGCCCAGAUCUGUGAUCAGGGCUGUUCUGCCCUUGCUAUGUUAGCUCUGCGUAAGCCAGAAAACUGUAAAGUCAUCAUGGAAGGAGGCGGAGCUUUGGCUGCUCUUCAAGCAAUGAAGGCACAUCCUAAGGACUCGAGUGUGCAGAAACAGGCCUGCAUGGUGAUCAGGAAUCUGGUAUCUCGCACUCAAGAUUUCUCGCAGCCUAUCUUGGAAAUGGGAGCAGAGUCUUUAAUUCUUCAAGCACGCAGCACUCACAAGGACUGCGAUGAUGUAGCGAAGGCAGCUCUGCGGGACCUUGGCUGUAAAGUAGAGCUCCGAGAGCUGUGGACUGGCCAGAUAGGCAGUUUGGUGCAGUAAAUGCAUUGUAUCUUAUCCCUGUGAUAUAAAAUGGCGCUGGCAGCUUACUGGGGCAUUUAUUGCACCCAUUCCCCUUUAUCUCUUAAAAUGAGCUAGUGGUCUACAUUUGAUCCAUGCUUUACAAUUCUUACUUAUAUUUUUAAUAUUAUUAUGUAACGCGCCAAUGCCUGUAUUGUAAUGUACACACUGCUUCUCACGCUGUUAAUAUUCUUGUACUACUCCUCCGGGCAGAAUAAAAUUGGUUUACAGAA